AUGGCCACCUUUCAGAGCCUCCCGGCUGAGAUCCGGCACAAAAUCUAUUUCCUCGCUACACCAGCUCGUGUCGUCCAUGUCAAAGCUGACUUUCUCUAUUCCAGCGAACUUGAUACUCUCUGGAGGGUUUCAGGGUACUCAGGGUCCUUUAAAAAUUGGCUGAGAUACAAAAAGGGCGCAAUUGCAUAUUUCUACAGCAAUUCUCCAAUCCCCGUCCUGCUUCAUACCUGCUUCGAAUCGCGAGACCUUCUGAUGAAGAUGGGGUACCAGCUCACUUUCAAGACCAAGUCACACGGGCCAAGAACGUGGUUCAACUAUGAUCGAGACGUCUUAUUUAAACGUGACGAUACUUGCGAAGUUGCAGAGUUCGAUCCAGUUGAUGCUAUCAGAGUGCGUCAGCUGGCUGUUGAUCAUUUCACCGGUUGCCUCUACGGCGCGUGCCAAUUGCAGGGGGCCAAUGGACCGAUCUGGUGGCCAGCUUACACUAGCUCCUCUCUCUAUUCACACUUCAGGGAGUUCACGGCCCUCGAGGAGCUUCUUCUGGUUGACUGGACUCGAAACACUGUCCCCAAAGGGCUGACAAAUGACACGGACUAUCCUGUCAAACCUCCUUCGAAGCGACACAGAUACGACAUAGAGAAUCUCUGGAAAUGCGUGAAAGUUGAGGACAGCUCCCUAAUACGAACGGUGUACGACUCCGACCCUAGGGAAGAAUACCGUAUUGGACCAGAGAUUUCCAGAACAGUCAAUCACCAUCCUGCACCUGGUCUUGCAGACUGGGGUACGUUCAGCACACAGAGUGCAUGCCUACAGUCGGAACUUGUUCAGCACUGGAAACGAGAAAAUAAUUUCGCCGAAGGAUGGAGGGCGCCGAGAGUAACCCCCGUGCACUUGAUUGAUGAACAACAGAAGGAGAUCCUGCAACAAAAACAGAAGUUGGCUGUUGAUGAAUUGCACAGACUGCGGAGAUACUGGGCUCUUGUGUUACAGGAGAGAAAAGAACGAAUAGAUGCUAGGAGAUCUGAGAUUAGUUCACGUGAACAUCAGUAUCUCUCGGCAUAUUCUUGGGAGAAGAUCUGCUGGAUCGAGAAGGAUGUCUUUUCAUAG